AAAUGCUAUGUAAAUAGUUGUUAUACUAUAUUGUUUAGUGAAUAAUAAGAAAAAAGUCACAUAUUCAGUAGAGGUGCAAACAUUGUAGAGCUUUUGAUCCGUGGUUGGUUGAAUCUGUGGAUGAGGAGCCCGUGUAUAUGGAGGGCUGACUGUAUAUAUAAAUGUAAAUGUAAAUAUAAUUAUAACAAAAAUAUAUUUUAAAUAUAGCAUAUUAGCAGCUCCUUAAAACCAUAUAAUAUAAAAUGCUAUGGAGGUCCAUGAGAGAGUGAUUACAUCUGCUUAGAGAGAGGGAUGAACAAAAGGGAAGCUGGAGAAGGCCUCACAAUGGAAGGUACAUGUACUUUGAACCUUGAAAGCUGAAUAGCAGUAUGCCAUAAAAUAAGGGAUAUGGUGAUUGGGAGGGCAUUACAGGAGGAAGAAACAGCGUGAGAAAAGGCACUGGGUUGUGAAAUUGCUUGUAGGGCUUGGAGAUCAGUGAAUAGUCCAGCCUGGCAAAAGCAUUUUACCUGUGUCCCAGGAUGGUUGUGAGGAUGAAUUCAGGUGAUAUAGUGGAGAAGCUUAUAGAUGUAAGAUAUUAUGAUGAAUUUCUGAGGGCAGAGUGGGCUUGGGUGUCAGCUUGCCUCCCUGUAGAGCACUGCCACUCAGGAACAACCUCAACUCUUUCACUCUCUACCCCUUCCUCCUAUCCUCAGGACAUGUAUAGUGGCCUAGUGGGGCCCUUGGCCAUCUGCCGAAAGGGCAUCCUGAAGCCUGAUGGAGGACGGAGUGACGUGGACCGAGAAUUUGCCUUGUUAUUCUUGAUCUUUGAUGAGAACCAGUCUUGGUAUUUGGAGGAGAAUGUGGCAACCCAUGGGCCCCAGGAACCAGGCCGGGUUAACCUACAGGAUGAGACUUUCUUGGAAAGCAAUAAAAUGCAUGCCAUUAAUGGAAAGGUCUAUGCCAACCUCAGGGGUCUUACCAUGUACCAAGGAGAACGAGUGGCCUGGUACAUGCUGGCCAUGGGCCAAGAUAUUGACCUACACACUGUCCACUUCCAUGCAGAGAGCUUCCUCUAUCGGGUGAGCUGGAAAGAGGGCUGAGCCCCUUAGGUGUGAUUAGAGGAGUGUUUUGACAGCCACUGAGGAAGAAGGUAUAGCAAGGAACAAGAUAAUAAUCAGUUGAAAGAGGAAAGAUCUUGUACAUGGAGCAUUGAGUUGAGAAUUCUAGUUUGGCUACAUAUCUCAGGGUCAGUCACUUCCCACUAGGCCUUAGCUCUCCCAUCUGAUAUAGAAGAAACAAGUGGCUUAAUUCCGGGCUAAGGAGAUUGAAGGAAUCAAUGUAAUUGUGUCUCAGUCAUAGACUUGAGACACAGUGAGCAGUGAUCCUAAGAGCAAGGAAUUUCGGAGCAGUGUCUCAGAAUCUCUAAAAGUCCUUAAUCCAUUAUAGGAAG